GUUAUCAUAGAUUACUAGUAACAACACAUACACAUCACAUUUUCUCUCAUGAAUUUUAUAGAUACGGAUUUGUGAAAUGUAUUAUGAAUUAAUUUCCCUGGUUUGUGUGGCUGCAUUAUGGGGAGGAACAAACCCUUUAAUAAAAAAAAAUUCAAAAGGAAUUAUUAAAGUUAAGGGUGCCAAUAGGUUUAUACAAUUUCUUUUAGAACUAAAAUUUUUAGCUACAAACAUUACCUAUCUUGUUCCUAUGUUUAUAAACCAAAUGGGAUCAGUAUUAUAUUUUUUAACACUUCAAAAUGUUGAUCUCUCUCUCUCAGUGCCAGUGGCAAACUCAUUAACAUUUGUGUUUACUGCAAUAGUGGGAUGUAUUUUGGGUGAAAAGUUACCUAACAGAGAUACUUGCCUUGGAAUAAUUUUAAUUAUUUUGGGAACAAUAUUCUGCUGCAGAGACAAACUUGAAAUCUAAAUUUACUGUUGAAACAAGUGUUGCUGUUUUAUUAACGUUGACAACCAGCUGCUAUUAGUUACCUGAACUAUAUUGUAAACAAGCCUUCUGUGUCAAUAUUUUUCUAUAUUUAAAUAAAUUAAUUAUUGAAAAUAACU